UGGGGGCCUCUCCUUGGCUGAGGUUCUUUCUUCCCAGAUGAGUCAAGGUGGUGACAAGCCUUGCCAGGGCUGAAGGACCCAGAGGAUGGAAACGUGUGCUCAGCCAUGUCUCUGGGCCGCCUCCUUCGCAGGGCCUCCUCCAAGGCCUCGGACCUCCUGACCCUCACCACGGGGGGGAGUGGUGGGUCCCCCUCCAUCCUGGAUGGAGAGAUCAUCUAUUCCAAGAACAAUGUCUGUGUGCAUGCGCCCGAGGGGCUGCAGGGCCCUGGGGAGCACCACCCAGGGUACCUGUGUCUGUACAUGGAGAAAGAUGAGCUGCUGGGGACAACCCUCAUCCUGGCAUGGGUCCCCAACUCUCGUAUCCAGAGGCAGGACGAGGAGGCCCUACGUUACAUCACUCCUGAAAGCUCCCCGGUACGCAAGGCGCCUCGCCCUCGCCGGCGGCGCACCACGAGCCUGGGGGCCCCCUACCAACCCUCUCCCACAGAGCCCCGGCCUCCCCUGAUUCCCAAAGACGAGGACAUCCUGGCGGCGAUCCGGGACACGCAGGAUGCUGCGUGCACCAGCCCUACAGAUGAAGAGCGGGAGAAGCUGGCCCAGGGCCCAGAGGUGGAUGGGACCCUGCCCACGUCACAGCCUGUCCACAGCGACUCUGGGAUCCUGUGUACUGUCAGCUCGCAGGAUGGCACAGAGGACGGCCGGGAGCCAAGGCCUGAGGCUGUGGAGGAAGAGGGCUCCUUGGAGCUGUCGGUGGACGGCGUGAGCAGGGACAGCUCCUUCGACUCUGACUCUGACGCCUUCUCCUCCCCCUUCUGCCUCUCCCCCAUCAGUGCGGCCCUCACAGAGGGGAACAGCUCUGCAUUUCUGGAGAGCGAGGGCAGCUCCCCCUGUAGCUCGGACGCCAACCUGCGGUUCCCUGACGGCAACGGCCUCCUGCAGAUGCCUCGCUGGGAUGAGCCGCAACGGGGUUGUGCCCUGGAGCAGAUCUGCGGCGUGUUCCGUGUGGACCUGGGCCACAUGCGCUCCCUGCGGCUCUUCUUCAGUGACGAGGCUUGCACCAGCGGCCAGCUGGUGGUGGCCAGCCGGGAGAGCCAAUACAAGAUUUUUCACUUCCACCACGGCGGCCUGGACAAGCUCUGCGAGGUGUUCCAGCAGUGGAAAUUCUGCACGGAGACACACCUUAGGGACCAGCAGCUCACGGAUGAGAGGACGUGUAUGCAGUUCUCUAUCCGAAGGCCCAAGCUGCCGUCUUCUGAGACCCACCCGGAGGAGAGCCUGUUCCGGAGGCUGGACGUGUCUGCGUGGCUCAGCCACCUGAAUGAGCUGGGCCAGGUGGAGGAGGAGUACAAGCUGCGCCAGGCCAUUUUCUUUGGUGGCAUUGAUGUGUCGAUCCGGGGGGAGGUCUGGCCUUUCCUGCUGCACUAUUACAGUCACGAGUCCACGUCAGAGGAGCGCGAGGCCCUGAGGGAGCGGAAGCGAAGGGAAUACGCAGCCAUCCAGCAAAGAAGGCUUGCCAUGACCCCCGAGGAGCACAGAGCCUUCUGGCGCAAUGUGCAGUUCACUGUGGACAAAGACGUGGUCCGCACAGAUAGGAACAACCAGUUCUUCCGAGGGGAGGGCAACCCCAACGUGGAGAGCAUGAGGAGGAUCCUGCUGAACUAUGCUGUGUACAACCCAGCCAUCGGCUACUCGCAGGGCAUGUCGGACCUGGUGGCGCCCAUCCUGGCGGAGGUCUUGGAUGAAGCAGACACCUUCUGGUGCUUUGUGGGUUUGAUGCAGAACACCAUCUUUGUCAGCUCUCCUCGAGACGAGGACAUGGAGAGACAGCUGCUGUACCUGCGGGAGCUGCUCCGUCUGACGCACCAGCGCUUCUACCAGCACCUGGUGUCGCUGGGCGAGGAUGGCCUCCAGAUGCUCUUCUGCCACCGCUGGCUCCUACUCUGCUUCAAGCGGGAGUUUCCUGAGGCGGAGGCCCUGCGCAUCUGGGAGGCCUGCUGGGCCCACUACCAGACGGACUACUUCCACCUGUUCAUCUGUGUGGCCAUUGUGGCCAUCUAUGGGGACGACGUCAUUGAGCAACAACUGGCCACAGACCAGAUGCUCCUGCACUUUGGAAACCUGGCCAUGCACAUGAAUGGAGAGCUGGUGCUCAGGAAGGCCAGGAGUCUCCUGUACCAGUUCCACCUUCUGCCCCGGAUCCCCUGCAGCCUGCAUGACCUGUGCAAGCUGUGUGGGACAGGCAUGUGGGACAGCGGGUACAUGCCAGCUGUGGAGUGUGCCGGCCACCACCCGGGCUCAGAGAGCUGUCCCUACGGGGGCACAGUGGACAUGCCGCCACCCAAGCCCCCAAGAGAAGGCAAGAAGACCCCAAAGGCAGCGAGGGAGGCAUUUGGUUUCCGCAGAUAGGAAAGCCCUUGCCCCUGACCAGGGCUGAGGGGACCUCCUUGAGGGCCUGGGUAAGUGGGAGGGGGUGGGGAUGGACAUGGAGGGAACACAAGGAAAUGCCUCUGGCCAAUGUGAAGAGAACCUUGUCAUGGUGACAGAAUCAGACUCUAGAAGCGACAGCACGUAUCAGCUGUCCCAAGAACCCAGCUCCUGAGAGGCUGGCCCAGGAUGUCCAGCUACGCCGCUGGAAUGCAGGCUGGUUGGGUAUUCCAGCAGAGGCCAGGAGCCUCCGCAAGCUGUGGGCAAAGCAGGGUCUAGAAAAGGCCUCACCCUUACACCAGCACCAGGGACUCGGAGGAGCAGGGCUGUCAUCUGAGCGAGUCAAGCCCACUACUGAAGCUUCUUGGCCACAGCUGCAAGACUGGUCUGAAAAAAAGAAAGGGGAGGGAGGGCACAGAGAGACAGAGAGAGCACAAGGAAAGAAAAGCUUGAGAGAGACCUGGGCCUCCCAUGGUGUCCAUGUGAGUGUUCUGUGCCCUGCCAUGGGAAGGACACGCUACCCUGAGCCCAAGGCACAGGCUGGUGGACAAGGGUCAGAUGUCCCCCCACUGGGGUCCUCCUCUGAGGAUCUGAGGUUUGUCCCCUCUUCAACACACUGGGGCCGGAAAGGGUUGAUGGGCGUGGUGUGUACAACCAUGAGGUCCUCUGAAGAGAAAUUUGUGGUCCUGGGGAAGGGGAAGUGUGUAACUCCCAGCCAAGAAAGACAUCUGAUGGCUGGGAGGUGCCUCUGCCUCCAUGCAGGACCUAGGGAGCUUCUGUCCUUGGCAUCUCUGCCGGCCGAGCGCCACUGGGACACUGAAUGUUAAAAAGGAAAAGGUGACCCUCGUCCUCCAAAGCUAAGGAUUGUGCUUGGAUAAAGGUGUGUUCCAGAACAUUCCUAGCCAGUGAACCGAAAGCUGGUGCAAGCAAGGAGCCUGAUUCCUUCCUCAGGCGCUGACUCCUCGUGGGGAAUGCAGCCUCAGGGUAGGUGGAGGUGCCCGCUGUCAUUGGCUUCUCUCCCUGAGAGUGGCGCUGCAGGACGGUGCCGAGUUUAAAAGGUGCUUAUCAGAACAAGAGAGGGCCGGGGCUCUUACAGUCUCCCUUCUCAGCUCUCCCAUUCUCCUGUGAGCCUGUCCCCACUCUGCAGGCACUCCUGAGGAUAUGGGGCCAUCUAGGAAGAGCCUUUGGGGAGGAGGGGGUUUCCCUGACCUUGGGGGUACUGUCCAUUAUGAGGAAUGGGCUCACCCUCCCCCGACUUGCUUUCUGUACUGGCUUUUGACUUUCUGGAAGCUGGGGCCACAAGCAGGCAUACCCACUGUCUGUCACCACAGUAGCAGAAUAUAGGGCACACACAGAGCCUCAGAGGCCUAGAACCGUGUGCUGUGACCUGUGCCGAGCGUGUGGGAUCAGCAGUGAGGCUGGGUGGUUCUGGUCUUAGGCAGUCUUGCUCAUUCGUUUCUGGGCCACCAUCUCUGGAUCGCCAUGGGCACAUGAAGUGUAUAGGUGUGAGGCAACACUGGCUUCUGGGUCUUAGGUCACCCCAUGGUGGUAGAGGUGGAAACGAGCAGUGUUUUCUCUAAGUGUUGGUGGGUGCCGCACAUGCUAACCACCUCUCCGGGCAAAGCAGGUUGAAUGGGUGAAGCCAGCAUCCAGCAGUGGAAAGCGAACCCUCGUCUCGGGGUUUUCUCUCAGUAGUCAGGUAACUCAGAGGGGUCCCAGCCGCCUCCCGCCUCAGGAAAUCUAGAUGCAGGCCACUCCUUUCCCAGGAUCUUGCUCCCGUGCUGCACCCCAACUCCUACACCUUCGCUCUGCUGACUCUGAUUCUGAGGGUCCAGCUCCCACAGUGCCCAGCCCCUGCUCCUCAGCUGACCCAGACUGUCCCGUGACAGCCUUGGACCAGGCUCCUCCCCCCCAGUGCCCUGGAUUACCGGACCCUGGUGUUACCUGCAGCAUCAGGCUAGCUGGGGCCUCUGCAGCCAGACAUGGUGUGUGGGCCCUCAGAGCCCUGCUCUGCUCUGAGGCCCAGCACAGAACAACAGCCUUAAUCUGGAUGCAAUUAGAGGAAACCAGCCAGAUACCCGGUGGCAGCUGUUAGCCCAGGAUUAUUCCCAGCCAGCAAAAGGCAUUAGGGUGAUAAUUCAGUCAUUAGACUUCUAGCCUUCCCACCGCCAAGACAUACAAAUCACGGGUAAUCAGCCCGCACACCAUCCCCUGGCCACGAGGCUUAUUUAACCCAUUUUUUAAAAUGACGCUUAAUGCUAUUGGCCAGCACGCCUGUGUGCGCAUGCCCCACUGCUAAUGUCUGUGCUGACGACCGGCAUUGCCUGAUAUCAUCGAGGCUCUGGAAAGGAAGGACACCUUUGAUAUGUGUGUAUGUGUGUGUGUGUGUGUGUGUGUGUGUGUGUGUGCUGGCAGGGGUGAGGCUUGAAGCCUGCGUGGAAAGGGCACUCAGUUCUGACUCAUUCGCCCAGAAGAGGGGACAGUGUGUGGGGAGGGGCGGGCAGCAAGGGGAGAGGGCCGGGUUGCAGUGUGUUCCUGCCUCAGGGCCAGAGACUGCCCUCACUGAGAAGAGAGAAGACAGUGCUUUACCAGACACUUCCACCUCAGGUGCCGUAGUCCUAGCCCAUCUCUGCUGAGGAGGACUUCGACCCUCUUCGGAGCCUUGGUCUGGGCAGUCUGCGGAAGGAGAUCCUGACCAGUCCAACCCUGAUCGGGUGGGGUGGGGGGACGUACUAUGUUCAGGAAGGGACGGUUUGGGUGUCGAGUUUUGAGCUUUUGCUAAAAGUGGUGGGAAGCCCUUGCCAGACAGGACACUGGUCCCAAGGAGGGUCUCCUGGAGCUGGUGCCUUUGAUGGCCCUGUACAUGGAGGGGGAUAGAAUAAAGGGCUGGGGAGAGGACUGUAGGCUGGGUCAGGGGUCAGUGACACCGAAAGGUGUCUCCCUCUCCUCCUGCAUUUGCCUUUUGCUGUUUUGCUGAACCAAGGGGCAGGAUGUGGACUUGGGGCCUGCUGCCCCACGAAGUGACACACCCAACCCCCACAGUGCCAGGAGUCCACCUGCAGCCUCCCCUGGAGGCUCCCUUCCACUGUGGGCAGGCCGGGGGUGCCGGGAAUACCCUGGGCUGGCCACACAGAGGGAGGGAGCCUGGCAGAGGUCCCCGGAGGCCACCCUGCCCACAAGGGAGGUGGAAAGCUUUGCAGGGUUAGAGGUGGGCCAGAGCUGCCACCCAGCUGGGCCUCCAGGGAGGACCGGGAGACUCUCCAGCCUGAGGCUGGACCUGCCAGAUCCCUAGAGUCCCUGAAGAGCCAAGCAGCUACUGGAUAUCAGUCUUGUGUUUCUGUGGAGAUUGUGGUGCAUUUUGUUCUGGGCUAACCUGGCCUAGAGGGAUCUCCCCAAGUCUUAAGAAGCCAGUUUACCCCAGAGCUUCCCCAGUGAGGGGUCCCCUCAGCCCGUUUCCUCUUCUGUAAAAGGAGCAAGACUCUCCAACAGGCUCCUUUAAAAGACUGCUCUGGAGACGUCCAUUUAAAGCUGCUAUGAGGGUGGCUGACCAUGGCCCAGGGACCUCACCUGCCACUCAGGGAAGAGCCCGCUGGCCUUAGCCUUCCGAGGCAGUGACCCUCCGGAGAGGGGCUGUCCACUCCCAGUUGAAAGCUCUCCCUGGUGUGGAGUCAACAAAGUCCCCUCUCAUAUCCACCCUGCUGCAGGUCGCACACUCUCAGUAAUGCUCACUCUAUGUCACCCACGCCUACCCUGAAGAAAAAUGAGCCACAAGGCCACCUCGGCUGCGGUCUCGGCCUGCGCCUGUCUGCACACGCGCAAAGCUCUGCUGUGGAUGGCAUCGCCCCUCUCGGGGGAGAUCCUUUCACGAGGACUCAGACUUCCUAAGUAGCUGCAUGCAGAUCCUGCCACCACCAGGCCUUUAAAUACACCCUGUUCAGUUCCAGGUGGGAAGGCGGCACCUCGGGUGCGCAGAGGUCAAGUCACAUGACAGUUUUUCGUCCACACUUUGAGGAUAAGGAAGACGCCUUUUCGUGUGUUUGGUUUUGUUUUUAAAGUAAUGAAGUAUGCCCACUGCUGAUGUCUAAUAGGAAGUGAGUAGUUUCUCUGUUGUGUUUUGUUUUUUUAAGCAGUCCCCUUCCGGUCAAGGUCAGGACUGGUCACCAUGACCCCUGUUAAUCAUGACUCUCAUUGAUUCCACACAAAACAAAUAAAAUAGUAUU